AUGAGCCUUUGUUUCGUGUCUCGAUACUGUGAAAAUGACAAAAAUGUGAAAGAUGCUUUACAGGUUCCUGAAUGGAAGAAGGCUAUUUUGGAGGAGAUGCGUGCUUUUGAAAAAAUAGGUACAUGGGAAGCAGUGGAAUUACCUAUAGGGAAAAAAAUACUAGAUGUGAAGAAUUCUUUCCUAGAUGGGAAACUUGAAGAAGAAGUUUACGUGGAUCCUCCUUCAGGUUUUGAAGAAAAAUUUGGAACUCGAGUAUGUGAUGAUGUGGAUGAAAUAAGGCAUCUCAAUGAGUAUCUAGCAUUGGAGUUUGAGAUCAAUGACUUGGGUCCUUUGAAAUACUUUCUUGGAAUGGAAGUUGCUCGAUCAAAGAAGGGUCUUGUGGCUAGACAUAGCUUUUGCAGUGAGCUCAGUGAGUCAAUUUAUGCACUCUCCAGUGGAGGAAAUGAAGAAACAGUGUUUCGAAUUUUGAGAUACUUAAAGAGUUCACCUGGAAAGGGCUUAUUCUUUAAGAAAUCCAAACAAAAAAGAAUUGAAGCUUAUACAGAUGCAGACUGGGCAGGCUCCAUAACAGAUAGAAGAUCUACAUCAAGAUACUGUACAUUUGUUUGA